UGUUUUGGUUUGCACGGAAAUGGAUUUCGACGAUUCAUUUCUUCCCUGUGCAGCCAAUAUUAGCACUCUUACAUAUGAAAGUGGACCUCGACCCCAUGAUGAAUUUCCUCGUACAGCUGAGCCAGUCUAUAUCUUGGGAAAAAUGUUUAGUACGUUGCAUGAUAUGGAGGAGUUAAAGGAAGAUAUACGGUCGAGACUCUGGUUCACAUAUAGGAAAAAUUUUCCAUCAAUAGGCAGCAGUGGGCAGGUGUCAGACACUGGAUGGGGAUGCAUGCUACGAUGCGGGCAGAUGAUGCUGGCACAGGCUCUACUGCUUCGACACUUGGGCAGAGAUUGGCAGUGGCAUCCAGGGUGUCAAGAGCAGAAUUACUGGAGAAUUCUAAGCAUGUUUCAGGAUAGAAAAGCAUGCAUAUACUCUAUACACCAAAUAGCUUCAAUGGGAGAAUCUGAAGGCAAAGCAGUGGGGCAGUGGUUUGGUCCCAAUACAAUAGCACAAGUUCUCAAACGUAUGGCCAUUUAUGACGACUGGAGUCGUCUAGCUAUCCAUGUUGCCCUUGACAACACUGUGAUAGAAGAUGACAUAAGUAACAGUUGCAGGGGGAGGGAGUCCAGUCUUCCUUGCACGUGGCAACCAUUGUUGCUGAUUGUGCCAUUACGCCUUGGUCUGACAGACAUAAACCCAAUAUAUUUUGAAGCUUUAAAGCACUGUUUAAGUCUACAGCAGUCUGUAGGCAUAAUUGGAGGCAAGCCAAACCAUGCUCACUGGUUCAUUGGCUUUGUUGGUGAUGAAAUUGUGUACUUGGAUCCUCACACCACACAACUAGCUGGAAACAUUGAUGACCUUGAAGAGCAAGCAGCUCUUGAUGAAAGUUAUCACUGUCCUUUCCCUGGUCGGAUGAAAAUGACGAGGCUUGAUCCAUCUGUAGCUGUGGGAUUCUACUGUGAAUCAGAAAAAAAUUUUGAUGACCUGUGCCAGUCUUUCAGAAAGUUCAGCAAAUCAAACAAGAACUGCAUGUUUGAGAUUCGCAAAGAAAGACCAUUGCAUUUACAGUACACCUUACGUGCUGUUGCAGCCUCCUCAAAACAUUCAGGAUUCCAGAUGCUUGGAGCAGAAGCAGAGGGCAGCAGUGUUGAUGAAGAGGAGUUCGAGAUCAUCUAAUUAAAAUAAAGACAUCUCAUCAGGCACACAUCACCACAUUUAAAUCCAUUCUUAGCAUUAUGGUUUAUAAGCAAUGUAUUCUGUUGCAUUUUCGUUGUUGUCAGUCUCCAAAUGUAAAGAUUUAUGUGGAACUGCAACCAUCUUUCCUUCCUUCUGUACCUGUGCAAGAAAAUGGCUUUAAAGGCUGAAGUAUCUGUCAUCAUUCCCUGCAGAGUCUGGAGUUUGGUGAUAUUGUGAUGUAUAUCCAGACAGCACCUUAUAGAGAACCUCAGCAAGCGAACAAGUGUAUUUUAAAAUUUGAAAUAUAUCUGAAGAAUUCUUCUUGUCCUUUUCUCUCCUUCUAAUGUACAAGCUUGGCUGUUUCAAGACAAGAUUUCCAGACAGGCCAUUAAUUCUGCUGUUCCUUUUUGCUAUUGCUUAUUUCAUUUUUAGUUAUUACAUUAUUUUUAAGUUUGCAAAUUUACCCUGGAAAGAAAUUUUCAAGGUAAGGUAGAUCAUCACAACCUCACUUUUUGUUCAGCUUGUGUUUUCUGCAAGAAUGAUUGUCAUCCAUGUGGUUAUCUAAAAGCUUUUUGUUUUAAAACCAGGGGGAAAGAGAUUGAGUUCAUGAUUUAUAGUUUUGGCUGUGAAAAAUAUUUUUGUGUCAGUAGUUUCGUGACAAAACUAUUCCUUUGCUUGGCUGCAGUUCUUUUUUAUGCUUGUUUUCAUUCUCAUCCCCUAUUAUCAAAACUCAGCAUUGAUGAAUUGUGUCAGCAGGUCGACUUUAAAACAUAAGUAUGAGUUCCACAGUAAGCUAAUGCUUAUUAAGGACACUGCCAAAAAUUAAAGCAGCAAAUAUCUGUCAACGUAUUUUGAUCAUUUUAUAAAGUCCUGUAUGUUUUGAUGUAAAACUUUCAGUUGCAAGCAGAAAGAAGAAAUUAUUGAAGUGCUUUAUGUAGACUCUUUAUUCACACUUGCAACCAAAGCAGUACAGUACAGAAUUAGUUCCAUUAUCACAUUGUUUUGAUGUUGGCGUGCUGGAGAAACUGGACUGGGCGUGCCUGAAUUUGGUUUUAACUUAUGCAACAGAUUUUUUUUGUAAACAUCGGUUGAUUAUCACAAAUGUUUAUAUCUUUUUGAACAGUAUGUAGCCUUCAAGGUUAAGGACUGAUAAUGAUGAUGAUGUUUUAUGUGUGAAUUUGGCCACAUAAAUUAAUGCAAUAAUUUGAGUCUCCUACAUUUAAAGGGGAAAAAAAGGAAUAAUCUUAUUCAUUCAUAUCAAAAGUGUUUGGGGUAAAAAAGAAUGCAAAUUCUGAGGUUAGUGUUGCAAAGAAUUAAUCUUUGCCACUUCCAACUUUUCUAGAGAUCUCUUUUUUCUUCUGUUAGCUCACCGCCAUGAGUUUGACAGUUGUUUGCUGUACCGACAGCCAGGGUUAUGUUGAAUGGUUUGGUCUUUUUAAACCAAGUUUUUCUAAUUUGAAAACUCUAGUCAAGAUUUAAAUUUAACAGUGUCAGUUGGUUUUGGAGAAGAGAGAAAACUGGAGUACCCAAAGAAAACACCCGAUAACCAGGUGUUGUUACAUACAGUGUCCUAAGGCAAGAUCUGGUGACAAGAGGGUAUUUUUAACCCAAUCACUAUCAGACACUCAUUUUAAUUAUGUAAAAAAUUAGAAGCUGAUCCAGAAAAUGUUUAUAAAGGCAUUUUUUAAAAUUAUUUCUCUUGCAAAACUCCUAAAUUUCUCUUUCUUUUUGUCUUAAACGUUUUUGGCAUUUCAAUAUCCAUAUGAUGACCUUGAAACUGUAUUGGAGUCGACAGGUUUUGAGAUUUGAUUCCUAUUAAGGAGAAAACUUAUUACAGUUUUUACUUUCCACACCCAAGUAACAUAAAGCAGUGUCUAGUCAUUUGAAUUUAUUAUUUAUACUUAUUCAAGUUUUUGCUUUUUCAAAAGAUUUGUAACAGUUUUUGGCAUAUGAGGGUUGCAGGUCAUACAGAACAACACAUAUUUCCAGUUUUAUAACAUUCCUCAGUGAUGAAAGAUGGAAAACAUGGCUAUGUCUGGGAUAAUCACCAUGGUAUUUGCAGUUUAAAAUGCCAGUAAUAGAGAAAACAGCAUUUCCAAGUAAAGUUUCUAGAAAGUUGCUCUGCAGUGUUAAUACAAAUAUUUGUGGUGAAUUUUUUUUUUUUUAAUGUACAAACAUAAAUUAUGCAUGGACAGUAGCAGAAUUUUGUGCGUGAAUGAAGUUUGUGGACUUGUAAAAAUUGUGCAUUCUCUUCAGUAUUAAGUGUAUGGAGACAGCUGUCUGAUGAUACUACUGUGCUCUUAUUAGGUGUUUGAGUCUUUCAGUGCAUAACAAGGGAAGGUUCCAAAGCAACCUUGUCAUGCAUCAGUUUACUGAAAAGUACAGAAUUAUUAUUGGGCUGGAACAUGAGAAAAAUAUUAAGAGGCCAGGAUUGUGGGAGCCCCAGUGAAUCAAAAGUAAUGAUUACCAGCCUACAGAGAAAUCAUCUCGCCAGUAUAGAGACUAUCUUCAGAAUUUGCAAUAUGCUGUAGUCAUUUGAUACACAAUAAAUUUCAAUUAAAAAGUAUGUAAAAGUUUCAAUUUUAAAAAUGUAAUAUAGAAGUAUAAUACUGACACAGUUCUAGCUUACAAACUCAAUGGCAACAUGAUAAUUUCACUUUGGGCAACUUGGUGGAAGGGAGGUUGUGAUAAACUCUAAAACAUCUCAUUUAAAUUAUGCCUUCAUUAGAUUGUACAUUAAAUUUAGUGUAUGAUUGUAUCUUAUAAUAGAAAAAUUGCUUAAAUUUUUUUUGAUCAACUGUAUUAUAACCAUAAUUUUGUGUACAGCAUGUAAGCAUGGGUAAAAGAUCUGUGACAUCCACAGCCAUUAAACAUGUUUUGAAGGCCUAAAAAAAUGUUUAAAAAUCA